UGAGCUGCCUCGCCUAAGCGCAUGAGCCGAAUGAUAUGAACCUGCGGCUUGCCAUGGCUUCGCUGGUGCCCUCUUCACCACCCGCUCGCCAGGCAGCGGUGCUGGUGCAGCGGAGGUGGCGACGCCACCCCAAGGGCGGCAUCCAUGGCCCGCAGUUUCACCGCUUCCCCACCGAGGUGAAGAUGAAUUGGCCCCCAAAGGACCGGAGCAAGCUCUUUCUCCUGCCGGACUCCAAGCGUCUACUCUGCGUGGCGAAGGGCUGGUACUACCCCGAUGGCAUCACCGGCCGCGACAAGAAGGAGACAUCAGUUGUGCUCAGCUUCGCCUCCAAGAAUAAGCACAACCACAUGGACAGCUUGACCGUCCAGGAGGUGCAGAAGCUUUGGGAACUGGCGCCGGACAUCCAGGCGCAAUUCAAGGAGUGCGAGGCAAAGCUGGAGGAGGAGACGGAGCUGAAUGUGCAGCGCGCCCAUGUUUGCAAGUGAGCCGCGUGUUUCACCUGGCUGAUUGACCAUGUGGAACUCGCCAAAGUGCCGACUCAUUGGGCAGGGGGCAAAACAUUGAGAAUUUGGGCCCAUUGGGACUGUCUCAGUUGGAGCCGUUCAGAGCGAGCUACGCAGACAGAGUCCGUGAGUUUUCCUCGGCAGGAUUCAGCUUGAGUUUGCCGUCCG